AAUACACUACGUCCUCAUUGGACAUGCCCCUCUCCACCAUCUCUCUCUCCCUCCGUCGGUCGCCCUGUCACGCAACUCAACUCAUCCAUUUGCUUUAAAUGUUACGCUCACCGUAACACCAUGUUACUCCGCCCGUAAUCUUGGCGCCGGGUUUGUUAUUCAUCCAACGCUUCAGAAAUGGCCGCGAUACAAGGAGCCGGACCGUUUUCGCCGUCGCCGUUAGCCAAGUCAAGAUUUGCGAGGAUCGUACUGGAGACUAAUGCGACUAGAAUUGGCCUCCACGGCGUCGAUUUCAGAUCGAGCUUUCUUAAACCGAUCAAAGCAAUGGCGAACGACUGCGGCGCUGCCGUUUCUGGUAAGAAUCUGAGCCAGAUGGCGAAAACCGUAGGGAAGGCGACAAACAUUGUGUGGCACAAAUGUUCAGUGGACAAAUGUGACAGGCAACAGCUGCUUGAGCAAAAGGGAUGUGUGAUAUGGAUGACCGGUCUUAGUGGUUCAGGAAAAAGCACUCUGGCAUGUGCUUUGAGUCGAGGCUUGCACGCGAGAGGAAAGCUGACCUACAUUCUUGAUGGUGACAAUGUUCGGCAUGGUCUAAACAGUGAUCUUGGUUUUAAAGCAGAAGAUCGUGCAGAAAACAUACGAAGAAUUGGCGAGGUAGCAAAGCUAUUUGCAGAUGCAGGCAUCAUUUGCAUUGCUAGUUUGAUAUCUCCCUACAGGAAAGACAGAGAUGCCUGCCGUGCAUUAUUGCCAGAAAGAGAUUUCAUUGAGGUGUUUCUGGAUGUGCCACUGGAAGUGUGUGAGGCAAGGGACCCAAAGGGUCUGUACAAGCUUGCACGAUCUGGAAAGAUCAAAGGUUUUACAGGAAUUGAUGAUCCAUAUGAACCACCAGUAAGUUGUGAGAUAGUAUUACGACAGAAGGCAGGGAACUGUUUCCCCCCAAGUGCUAUGGCUGAAACUGUGAUAUCUUACUUGGAGGAGAAAGGCUACCUGCAGGCCUGAUAUAUGGGAAACGCCACCCAUUUCCUGUUUGCUGAUGCUUCUUUUUUAGGUGUAAAUAAGCUCCUUUCCCCUGAUCAGGAAACAGCUCGUUGCCUGUCUAAGGUUCCAAUUCUAGGUUAAUUAAUCGAUCGAUUAAUUAACCUAUCUUCAUUCUGGAAGGGAAGCCACUUUGUGCACAGCACUAUGCAUGGCUUCAUAAUUUAGAUAGCAAUAAAUUAGAUGGAAUCUCAGGAAAGGAGCUGCUGUAAAUAUUGUAUCGGUUGGUGACAUGAUAUUUAUUGUGGAAUAGCUUGAUGCCUUAAAUAAUGCAAUUGGGUUGCACCGUUGUG